CAACUUAUACGGAUAUACGAACAAAUUUUUCGUUUGUAGACGCAGUUGUGAUCAAGUGGCGAAAAGUGUUUAUCAAAAAAAUGAGCUCCACGGCCAGCUAUAAACCCCAAAUAGUAUGGCCCAAUGUUAUAGUGAUGCUUUUAUAUCACUAUUUUAGCGUACUAGGACUGUACUACAUGUUAACUAUGACUCAAAAAUGGCAAACUACGUUGUUCUGUAUAAUACUGAUGCGUGCAGGAAAUUUAGGUAUCACUGCAGGGAGUCACAGGUUAUGGUGCCACAAAGCCUACAAAGCGAAACUGCCCCUCAGAAUCAUUUUAUGCGUUUUACAAACUUUAUCUUUCCAAAACAGCAUCUACGAGUGGUGUCGGGACCACCGAGUCCACCACAAAUUCACAGACACCGACGCCGACCCCCACAACAUCAACAGGGGCUUUUUCUUCGCCCAUAUGGGCUGGCUGAUGGUGCGAAAACACCCGGAUGUCAUGAAACUAGGCAAAACCGUGAGUUUGAGCGACCUUGAAGCCGACCCGGUCGUGCGAUUCCAAAAAAAGUUCUACGUGAUUCUGGCACCGGUUACGUGCUUUGUGUUGCCAACGGUGUUACCUUGGUACCUUUGGAACGAGAAUUGGUACUUUGCGUUUUGCUCAGCUGGCAUGUUUCGGUACAUUUCUUCCUUGCAUUCUACUUGGCUGGUUAACAGUGCGGCCCAUACUUGGGGUUCUAAGCCCUACAACAGGUCUAUUAAAGCUUCAGAAAACAAAGUGGUGUCGGCGUUGACUUGGGGCGAAGGUUGGCAUAACUACCAUCACGUGUUCCCGUGGGACUACAAGGCAGCAGAAUUGGGCACGGGUGAUAACUGGUCUGCGACUUUUAUUGAAGUGAUGGCCAAGAUUGGGUGGGCCUAUGAUUUAAGGACUGCCUCGCCGACUAUGAUCAAGGAAAAAAGAGACAAAACUAGCACUGGUUUUGAGUAAGGGUAACUAAAGUUACUUGCCAACACUUAAUUGAUUCACCUAAUAAUGAAUAUUGUAACACUUAUACUUUAUCUUAUUAAAAAUGGUAAUUUUUUAAGCAUCCUGAAUACAAACAUUUUCAUAAA